AUGUCUUCUCACAAGACUUCCAGAAUCAAGGGAUUCCUGGCUAAGAAACAAAAGCAAAAUCGUCCUGUUCCUCAGUGGAUCUGGAUGAAAACUGCUAACAAACUCAGGUACAGCUCUAAGAGAAGACACUGGAGGAGAACGAAGCUGGGUCUGUAAGGAU